AUGGGAGAGGAAAUUCGGAAGACGUUAAAGAAAAAACGGAGUACCGCGAAAGGAAGAUUCCACAGGAUAUAUGGACGUCUUUUGGAGAAAAUUCAAGAUGAAGAGGAAGCUGGUGUAGUCAGACAGAUGUUAGAUGACCUGGAACAUUCAUACAAAGACAUGGAAGUUCGGCAUAGUGAGUAUAUAGAAAACUUUGAUUCAGACAAUGAAGAUGACAAAGCAAAAGCAAACGAAGUGAACCAUGACAUGAACACUUUAUAUAAAGAGUUAUGCAAGGCAAGAUCUCUUUGUCUCAAGCUAACUUCAAAGGAAAAUACAAUGAAAAAGAACCAUAUUGAGAAACAAUCCCUCAAGGUGAAAAAAUUAGAUCCGCCCCACUUCAGUGGCAAAAUUCGAGAUUAUCCUAGUUUUAAGUCAGAUUAUACAACACACAUGAUUCCAACUUAUUGGGAGGACCCUUUUGCUCUGAAAAAUUCAUUGUCUGGAGAGCCUUUAGAAAUUGUUAAAGGAGUGGAUAACAAUUUUGAGGAAAUGUUUAGACGCCUCGAUUUGAAGUAUGGAAGGCCAGAAAAAUUAGCAGACACUGUUCUGACUGACAUAAAGGCACUAAAAAUAGUUCCGGAUGGAGACAAUAAGAAAUUCAUUGAAAUGGUGGACACUGUUGAAGGAUGUUGGCUUACUCUAAAGCGGAUGGGCUUGGGAAAGGAAAUGGAUAAUGCUACAAUGAUCAGCGAGAUUGAAAAGUUAUUACCAUCUAUUCAGAAGAGAGAAUGGGCAUUGCUGAAAAUAAAACUGAAGCAUACAGCUUUUUCUGAUUUCUUGAGAUUCCUUUUGGAUGAAAAAACAGCAAUUGAAUACAUGACUUCAGAUAUUAGAGAUAGCGAUAGUGGCAGUGUCUCUCGUAAAGGAAAAGUUCACACCAUAACAAAUACCGAGGAGGAAGAUAAUGAUAAAUUUGAGAAUGCGCUUGUUAAUGUUAUACAAAGUCAAAUGCAGCAAAAUGAACAGAGAAUGCAACAAGUGAUUGAUGGACUAGCACAAGUAACAGAUGUUCUUCUUAAUGGAAAGCAAAAAGGUGUGACACAUGAUAUUCCAAAAAAUGGAGCCCCUCUCAGGAAAAAAUGUUGGUAUCAUGAGACUGAUACUCAUUCUAUUGGAGACUGCGCAGGCUUUUCCGCCCUGGAUGGAGAAACAAAGAUGGCAUUGCUAAAGAGAAAUGGUGCCUGUUUUAGUUGCUUAAAAAGUGGUCAUCUCUCAAAACGGUGUAUUAACAGAAAACCUUGUGAAAUCACAGAUUUUAAUCAACGAAAAUGUGGCAGAUUUCACCAUCCAUUUUUACACGGGGCAAUAUUGAAUGCAAGUGCACAUCAUCAUAGUGUGAACAUAAUUAAUGAAGAGCAGGGGAAGAAGGGAGUCAUCCUCAUGAUUAGUAAAGUAAAGAGCAACAGUAUUCCAUUAACUACCUUAUGGGAUCCAGGCGCUAAUAUCUCACUUUUGACUCAUGAAUCAGCAAAGAAACUUGGAUUAAAGGGGCAUGAAGUAACAUUAUCAGUAACAAAAGUGGGAAAUACCUCUGAGUGUAUUCAAAGUAAGGAAUAUUUACUACCACUGACAGAUACUGAUGGCAGGAUCUGGAAAAUUAAAGUGUAUGGAAUGAACAAUAUUACAGCAGACAUUUCAAAGGUGAAUGUACAUGGAGUUGUGAAAUUCUUUAAAGGGAUUAAUGAACGAGACAUUGUUAGACCAGAAGGAAAGGUGGAUCUUCUCAUAGGAGCCGAUUGUUGCAUCUUAUUGCCUGAAAAAAAUGAUCAGAUUGGAAACCUCCAAUUGAUGCGAAAUCAAUUUGGAUACUGUUUAAGAGGAAGUCAUGCCAAUUUACAUGUGCCCCUUACGACAGAAUCAAAUCUUGUGUGCAUUCAUCAUGCUUCGGGAAGGAUAAUCGAACCAAUUCGAUUAAAUCAAGAAAACUUGAAGAACACUUUUAACCAAUUUUUCGACAUAGAGAGUCUCGGAACACAUUGUAUUCCAAAGUGUGGAAGUUGCAAGUGUGGGAAGUGUCCACCAGGAAAUGGAAACUACACGCUGAAAGAAGAACGCGAGUUACAUCUCAUAAAGGAUGGACUUCAGUAUGAUAAAACGGGUAGAUACUGGACUGCUACAUACCCAUGGGUUAAAGAUCCAAAAUUUCUCCCUAACAAUUUAAGCGCAGCAGUAUGCCGAUUAAAAUCCACAGAAAAAAGAUUGGAAAAGGCAGGACCAGAAUACAGCAAAGCAUAUGGUGACCAGAUUAUAGAUAUGGUGCAGAGGAGUGUAGCAAGAAAGUUAACAGAUGAAGAAAUGGAUACUUACAAAGGACCCAUUCACUACAUUCCACACCAUGAAAUCUUGAAACCGAAUUCCAGGACUACGCCUGUACGGAUUGUAUUUGAUUCAUCAUCAUCAUAUAUGGGUCAUGUUUUGAAUGAAUAUUGGGCAAAAGGCCCUAAUGUUAUUAAUGACCUUUUGGGAGUCAUCUUCAGAUUUAGGCAAAGGAAAAUUGCUGUUGCGGGAGAUAUUACCAAAAUGUACAACACGAUCAAAUUAUCAGAAAAAGAUCAACAUACACACAGAUUUGUAUGGAGAAACUUGCAGAUGGACAGAUUGCCGGAUCACUAUGCGUUAACAUCAGUGACAUUUGGAGAUAGACCAAGCGGAGCAAUCUCUACUAUGGCCCUGCAAAUGACAGCUGAAAUGUUCCAAACUGAAUAUCCAGAGGCAGCUGAAUUGAUAAUUAAAAACAGUUAUGUGGAUGAUUUACUUACUUCGGUGGAUACUGUUUGUGAGGCCGAGAAAAUAAUUCGCAACACUGAAAUGCUGUUAAGCUAUGGAGGAUUUCGUGUUAAGCAUUGGAUAAUUUCUGGUGAUGUAGAUGAACAUUUUGCAGGAAUGAAUGUGCUAAAUGCUGAACAGGAAAACAUUCUUGGAAUGUGUUGGUUACCCAAAACCGAUGUCUGGGUGUUCAAGGUGAAACUGAAUUUUUCAUCAAAAAGACGCGGCGUACAUGUAGAAGAUGAUCUCACAGAGGGACAAUUGCAUCUUAUUCCUGAGAAUCUUACUCGGAGAAUGGUCCUAAGUCAAGUUGCAGGCAUAUAUGAUCCUCUUGGGCUGGUUGCUCCAUGUGUAUUGUCUUCAAAAAUUCUCAUGAGAAGUUUAUAUUCCAGAGAGGUUCAGGAUGGAUGGGAUAAACCUAUGAGUGAAGAUAUUAGGACUAAAUGGGUUCAGUUCUUUCGGGGGCUCUAUGAAUUACAAACUUUGACAUUCAAAAGGUGUCUUAUGCCAGAUAAUGCUGAAGGUGAUCCAGUUCUUGUUAUAUUUUCUGAUGGAAGUCAACAAGCAUAUGGUGCAUGUGCUUAUAUCAGAUGGCACACUAACAAUAACACAUUUGAAUCAAGCCUAGUGAUCGCAAAAAAUCGAAUCGCACCAGUAAAGCAAUUGUCUACCCCUCGCCUUGAAUUGUGUGGAGCAGUACUUGCAUCUAGACUUCGUCGAAAACUCGUAACAGAAAUGAGUUAUAGAUUUAGCAAAAUUGUGCACAUAAUUGAUUCCAUUAUUGUCAGAGCACAGAUACAACGAGAGAGUUAUGGGUUUGGGACAUUUGUUGCCACACGUGUUGCUGAAAUACAGAGUAUUACAGAUCCUACUGAAUGGUGGUGGGCGCAGGGAGAUCACAAUCCUGCAGACAUGACUACAAGAGUUGCGCCAGCAAGUGCUCUGGGGGCUGACUCCAAGUGGCAAAAAGGUCCAGAUUUCUUGAGAACUCCAUUUGAACUAUGGCCAAUAAGUCAAGAAAACACCUUGGAUAAUGAUCAAAUACCUGACAUCAUUGGAGUCACAAUGUCGGCCACCUCUGAUAAUCACACUAUCCAUAGCAGUACUAUCAUAGACAUUGAUCGAUUUUCCAGCUUGAGGAAACUACUUCGAGUGACGGGCAUUAUUCUGUCCAUUGUUCACUGGAGGACCUUUAGGGGUAUUUGGGGCAAAAUCAAGUCGGAAACAUCAGUGGAAGCAGAGACGUGGUGGGUCAAGUUUGCACAAAAGGAAUUACCUGAGGACUGCAUGAAGAAAUUUCAGAGACUCGGGCCAUUUAUUAAUCAAGAUGGGAUUGUAUGUGUUGGACAACGCAUGGCCGAAUGGAUCAAACAAUCAUGGAAUCAGAGGGAAUUCUUUUUAUUGCCAAGAAAGGGUCGUUUUACCGAGUUAGUUGUUCGCAGUGUUCACUGUGAAGAUCAUGCAGAAAUAGAGGUGACCUUGGCAAAGAUAAGAAGUAGAUACUGGAUUCCCUGUGUUCGGAAGAUCAUAAAACGAAUUAAAGAUAAUUGUGUUAUAUGUAGAAAACGGGAUAAGGUAACAAUACAACAGCAGAUGGGUGUCUUACCUUCUUACAGACUUCACCCAUCACCACCAUUUUACAACUGUGCCAUUGACAUAUUUGGACCAUUCACUAUACGUGACACUGUUAAAAAACGAACACAUGGAAAGGCAUAUGGUGUAUUGUUCAAUUGCCUUAACUGCAGGGGUGUUUACAUUGAUUUGGCUGAAGGUUACGACACAGGGAAUUUCAUUGUUGUCUUCAGAAGAUUUGUUUCUAUUCGUGGCAAUCCAAAGCGAAUAAUUUCUGAUGCAGGCACACAACUAGUAGCUGCAGGAAAGGAACUUAAGAAGUAUGAUGUAGAGUGGAAUGUCAUCAAAUCUGCAGAUGCUCCAUGGGAGAAUGGGUGUAGUGAAUGGUUGAUCAAGUCUGUAAAGAGAUGCUUGCAAAUUGCAGUUGGGGAUUCAAUUUUGACUUUUUCGGAAUUGCAAAGUGUAUUAUUUGAAGUCGCAAACUUGAUCAAUGAGAGACCUAUUGGAACCAAAGUGUGUGACCCAAAUGAAGGAACAUACUUAUGCCCAAAUGAUUUAUUGUUGGGUAGAUCUAGUGUACGGGUUCCUCAAAUGCAAAUGGAUGACAGGUGCAAUCCACGACUGAGAUGGAAAUUUAUUCAGCAGGUAGUGGAUACUUUUUGGAGGAGGUGGAUUAGGGAUUAUUUUCCCACUCUUAUUGUCAGGCAGAAAUGGCAUACUAGCAGGAGGAACUUAGAACGAGGUGACCUGGUGUUAGUUCAAGAUACAAACAUUAUUCGCGGAAAAUGGAAGCUUGCUCAAGUUACUGAGGCUAAGCCAGGAAAAGAUGGAAAAGUACGAGACGUUACAGUGCAAUACAAAAAUGUAGGCCCAGGUGCAAAAUAUGUCGGAUGUACUGGAACUCUCGUUCGCAGAUCUGUUCACAGACUUGUAGUAAUACUACCGAUUGAGGACUGUAAUUAG